AUGGGCCUGGCUUAUAAUACAUAUCUCACCAGCAACAAGAUCUAUGGUUGCAAGACAUGCAAGGCUCACUUAGCUAACCACGAGGACAUCAUCUCUCGGAACUUCCGCGGCCAGCACGGCAAGGCGUACCUGUUCCAUCGAGUCGUCAACAUCGACACCGGCGAUCCCAAUGAGCGAAACAUGACUACUGGUCGACACAUUGUCCGUGAUAUCGCCUGCCACCAGUGCAAGGAAACGGUGGGUUGGAAAUAUGACAAGGCUUUUGAGACGUCUGAAAAGUACAAGGAAGGGAAAUUCAUCCUCGAGGCCGAACUGCUAUGUAAUGUUGCUUAA